CUCGUCUGCCCCACGUUCUUUCUUCUUUCAAACGCGUCAAGAUGUCGAAGAGAGGACGUGGUGGUUCCGCUGGAGCCAAAUUCAGAAUAUCCCUGGGUCUGCCAGUGGGUGCUGUUAUCAAUUGCGCUGACAAUACAGGUGCCAAGAAUCUGUAUGUGAUUGCUGUACAGGGAAUCAAAGGUCGGCUGAACCGUCUCCCAGCAGCUGGUUCAGGCGACAUGAUUGUUGCAACCGUGAAGAAGGGAAAGCCAGAACUAAGAAAAAAGGUAAUGCCUGCGGUGGUGAUACGGCAGCGGAAACCUUUUCGAAGGAAGGAUGGGACGUUUAUAUACUUUGAAGACAAUGCAGGGGUCAUUGUUAAUAAUAAAGGUGAAAUGAAAGGUUCUGCAAUCACAGGUCCAGUUGCAAAAGAGUGCGCCGAUUUAUGGCCCAGGAUAGCAUCGAACGCUAGCAGUAUCGCUUAAAACGAACCACUCUGUACAAAUAUAUUUUAUCCUUUAAUAAAUCUGGGUUCGAGCCCAUUUUUUUCUAUUUCA